UCUUGGACGUGAACCGAGUCCAAUGGAGCUGUUUCUAGAGACGCAUGUGCGGAGUCAAGACCGCCAAAAAGGGGUGCAGCAGUUCGUGGACAACCGUGCUCAGCACUUCGUGGAGACCUAUAAUAGCCGGUUGAGGGAGAGAUAUGGGGACAAUCCGUCGACCCAUCCAGAUUUCGAUCCAGAUUUGUGGAUGGAGGCGGGAUCGUCUGGUGGACCCGAUAAAAACAGGGUCUACGGGCUCUCCAACACUACGGCUGACAACUUGCGUUCGACUCGUAGUGUCUCAACUGUUGGAAGCUCUCCAUCAGUAUCGAACACCCAGUCUGAGGAGUUCAUUGCGUUGAAACAACAAUAUCAACAACUCUCGACGAAUUAUGAUGAGCUCCGUCAAAUAGUCAUGGAGAUGAGAUCAAAGAUGGGUGACGAUACUUGUGCAGCUUCUUUUUGGCCGUUUGGUCCCGGGAACAACCAACCUCCUCCUCCUCCGCCUCCUCCUCCAGCUCCGCCGCUAUUCUAGUUUAAUUUUGUUUUUUAAACACAUUAAAUUUGUAAUGAAUAUUAUUACUUUUACAUUUUUAAUGUUUAAUGCAUUUUUAUUUGUUUAUUAA